UUUCGUCAGAAAUAUAGAUAGGGGUCUAAACAUGGAUGAAAUUAAUAAAGUUAGGGAAACUUCAUCGGAAAGUGGUGAAAUACCGAAAGUUACGAUGAAAUUUGACGACUGUACAGGAACAUGGAGUCAUAGAGAUGAUUCUGAUUUAAAGAAUGAACCCUCGACAAGCGGAAGUGCCGCACAGCCUGACCACCAUCCUUCACCCGCAUCCACCACCGAGGAUCAGGAGUUCGAAUUAACAGCUGAUGCGAUGGUUCAUGACUUUGAUGAUGAAGCCACCAUGGAGGAAGAAGAAGAAGAUGGCGAUGGAGAUGAUGAGGAGCUUGAUGAUCUGGCUAAGGAGCGAGACAUACCGUUGGAAGAUUUAAUCGCGAUGUAUUAUGGGAAGCAGGAAAACAAAGAUGUUUCAGAAACUGAAAAGGUUGAGGAUGGUUCAUCAUCUGACUCAAGAGAGCAACUUCCUAAAACAAAUGAAAACAAAGAUUCAGAGGAAUUAAAAAGAAAAUUAAGAUCCAAUGCGACACUACUGAGUCCCACCCAUGCUGAAUCACCUGAUGAGGAUGGAGAUUACGUUCCUCCUGCUCCUGAGGAUUGGAGGAAGGAUCCGAGGGUGGGGGACGAGUUUCAAGUCAACAUGAUCCCACGAUGCGAUAACCAGGGACCCGAUUACAACAUAGAUUCAGAUCUUCUUGUUUGGGACCCAAUCAAAAUCAACCCAACGAAAGUCGAGUCGUAUUUAAAAGAAAUUUCCGACAUUUCUACCACCGGUGGUCUCCCUAAUGGUUGUCAUCUCCGUGACAACGAAGAUGCGUUAUUUCUCCUCUCACAAUGUAACAACGACACAGAUGAGGCAAUCCGUCAGUUUCGCUGGAAACCCCGUCCGUUGUCGAGCGAGUUACAAACUUGGUCCGAGGAAGAAUGUCGCUUGUUUGAACAUGGCUUGUCACUUUAUGGCAAAGAUUUCCACAAUAUUCAUCAUAAUAAGGUACGGACGAAAAGUAUCGGUGAAAUAGUAAAGUUUUAUUACAUCUGGAAGAAAUCUGAACAUUACGAUAAAUUUAACGCUAAGACACGACUUGGAAAGAAGAAAGAUACCUUGCAUCCUGGUGUCACGGAUUACAUGGAACGACUACUAGACGAGACAGAACAUUCGAUAUCCAUGCACCAUACUGCCUCCAGUGGCCAAACCACCCCACACAGUGUAGCUCUCCAGCAACACCUAGUGGACUUACGAGUGACAAGAAGCCACGCACGUCAACGGCCGAGUAACUUUGCUGACUCGCCUACAAACCAAUAUGGAGAAAUAAACGGUUUUCUUGACGGCGACUACGCGGACGACAUAGAAAUCUUCGAUAACAUCGUCCCGUCUCUCCCCACCUCAUCAGCGCCCACUAGCGGUGAAUACUCGACUCUCGAACCAGAAAUAACCGUUGUUUAUUCCGAGCCGGCCAAUUUCGCCCCCAUUUCCUCGUCUAUCAACCACGAGGCAAUACCGGCCGGUAUUUUGACUUCGAAUAGAAAUAACAACUCAGAUAAACAAGAUAGUUCACGCUCGUUUCGCCCCGUCGAACCCGCACAAAUCACCCCGUCGCUUGAGAACCGAACACACGAGGGCAGUAGAACCACACCCUUACCUCAAGAUGUUUUAACUUCAAUAGAUGAACUAGUUACAGCUUAUUGCAACAAACCAACCAGUAAGCCAACAUCAAAGGAAACCCUCCCAACCCCUGACCCCACCUCACCCUCACGUCGAGACACACAAGAUGAGCAUGGGGCAAAACGACGAAGAAUUGACGACUCGCCUCGUAGCUACCAACACCAGCCGUCUGACCUCACCCAAGAAAAACCCCCUCUGGUCAGCUGCUGACCCAUAACACCCAGCGACCCCCGUUAAACUAUGGUUAGCAAAUGUAACGUUAUGUCUGCUAUAGCCCACCAUAUCUUACUGCCCCCAAAAAUACUCCAUACAAAACAUAAUUAUCUCUAAAGGUCAUAACCCAUAGUUCUUUUCAAAUAUUCUCCAUAACUCUUUGGGUUUUUACAAUAUUGGUCUUUCGUAAAGCCAAUGUACUGGCCUAACUAGUAGAAAAAUUGUUAUUCCCCUCUAAAAUUUUGAGAAUUUUAAUUUCAGAGCCAGAAAAUUUAAUGUUUUUACAACCCUUAGUCCCCCACACAAAACACAGGGGCUCAGUAUGUGUAUAGUAUUUUACAGGGUUUUAACAAAUAGCUGUUCUUUUUUCGACAGUUUUACUAAUUUUUGUGCGAAAAUUAUUUUGCAUCGUGGGUCAAACUCUAAAAUUAGGUUGAUCCAUUUAUUUUGUUACAUUUUCUAUUUUAUAAUCAUUUUCAUACAGUAUCGUGGCACAUUAUGCCUGGUUUUAUCACAAACAGCUUCAAUAACUCUACUUUAAACACCCAGGAACGUAAAUAACUCAAUCUAGUUUGAUUGGCAAGUCUUACAAUAAUACCCCCAAUGCAUUUAUAAUGUUACAUGUACAUUAUAUUGUUGUUUCAAACAACAUUUAGACACCAAGUGUUUCUCCACUCUUUCACACAACCAAAAUAUUAAACAUAAAUUAAUAGAAAGGCUUUGGGGCCUAAUUUCCGAAACUGUAUUUCACACAAUCACACAAGCAUAAGUAAAUUCUAUACAAAAAAGAAUAAUAUCAAUAUCCACUAUGUGUUAGGAAGCACUUUACACCCAUCACUCAUUUGAUUUAAAAUUCUUAAUAUUUUUUGGUAUUCUCACUAUGACGUAACAAUCUUUCUCCGCGAAUAUUUUGUACAGUGAUUUAAUAGUAUUGUAUAGGCGCCAAACCUGGGGUGGCAGGGUAUGCAGGUCUCCCCUGCAUUUCAAAAGUUUGGCGCCUAUGUUGUUACGUCACAUGGGAAUUCAUGUUUGAAAUUUUUCGAGAUAUUUUUAUCAAUUGUUUUAAAAUUUUAAAACUCCGAAUUCGUAUUUUGUUUAUUGUGUCGUCAUAGGGUAGACAAUUACCGCACAAUGACACGUGUCCAGGUUUUAAAUACACGAUUUUGUAUCUGA